GAGGGGCAAUUAGGUAUAAAUAAUAGAUAAACGGUUUGUUUAACUAUGAUCUUUUUUAUCUAACUACACGAUUUAUCAUUUUUUAAUUCACAGGCUCUGAUUUGCUCAUCAUAUCAUACCGCAUCAUACCAAACUACAACAUGGCAACCUCAUCGAUCCUAGCAGCAAAUCUAUUCAAUGUCAAAGGACUCGUAGCUGUCGUCACUGGCGGCGGUAGUGGUAUUGGUCUAAUGAUGGCCCGCGCUCUGGCUCUCAACGGUGCCGAAAGAGUAUACAUUAUCGGCCGCCGAAAAGAAGUUCUUGAAUCCGCCGCAUCAUCCGUAGACACCGGCAAUAUCAUUCCAAUUGUCGGCGAUGUAACCGAUAAAGAAGCAGUAGCUUCCAUCGUCUCGAAGAUCGAGUCCGAAGUAGGAUACAUCAAUGUUUUAGUCGCCAAUUCCGGUAUUGCUGGACCUCAAGCUACAAAACCCAUUACCCCAUCUUCUUCCAUAUCUGAAUUUGCUUCCGCAUGGGGAAGUGCUAGUAUGGAGGAAAUGACUAAGACAUUCGAAUUAAAUACUGUAGCUGUUUUCUCUUGUAUCAUGGCUUUCUUGGAUCUAUUGGAUAAAGGAAAUAAGAAAGGGAAUGUCGAGCAGAAGAGUCAAGUCGUUGCUACCAGUUCUAUUGGCGGUUUAAAUCGAAAAGCCCCUGGUGGAAUCAUCUAUGGUCAAAGUAAAGCUGCGACUACACAUUUGAUGAAGCAAUUAUCUACACAAUUAGCACCGUAUCAGAUUAGGUGUAAUACUAUUGCCCCCGGAUUAUUCCCAUCUGAAAUGGCUAUGGGGCUUAUUGGUGACGGAGUUUUUUCUAAGGAUCAGAUUCCGUUAGAAAGAGCAGGCACGGAGGAGGAAAUGGCAGGAUGUAUCCUCUUUUUGGCAUCAAGAGCUGGUGCUUAUUGUACCCACGCACUUAUUGUGGUUGACGGAGGACGAUUGAGCAUCAUGCCCAGUACUUGGUAGAUCUGAUAAGGAGGAGUGUGCAGGGAACUUAUCAAAGCCUUUUUAACUUAGGCAAAACUUUCGUGGUCUUAUUUUAGAAUGGUAGUAGUGGCACUUGCAGACUAUAACUGGAAUAGGUUAGAAUUUUGUCCUCAGAAAUCUAAAAGAAAGUGGUACAUACCUUAUAAUUCA